AUGGAAUUUGAAGGAAAUGGAAUAAUUUUCUACAAAGAACGGAUGAACAGAAUUAGCCAGUUUUCAGAUGCAGAAGCAUGCAUUAAUAUAGAUAAACUAGUCAUUUGUAUGAGAGAUGAUAAUCCAGAAGUGCGCAAAUGUGUAAUUGAACGUUUGCGUAAAAUCAAGGAAUCUAAAAUAUUUGAUCUCAAAUUGCUUGAAAGAAGCUGUUUUCUGGUAUGUGACAGGGAUUCAGAUGUCAGAUUAUGCUAUGCGAAGUUACUUCAUCGAUUCAGGAACAUCUCUUGCAAUGACAAGGAAAAGUUGUUUGAUAAAAAUGAACUUGGUUUGUUUAUUUAUGCAAUAGAAGAUGAAGACAUCGCAGUUAAAAACGAGUUCAUAAAAGCACUUGAACAUUUCCUGGUACCAGAAGCAGUGAACUUCCUGAUUGAUAUGCUCAACGAAGACUCAGAAAUAAUCAGGAUGACUGUAAGUAAGGUGUUAAAGAAAGCAACGAAGAUCAAGAAUGAGGAAGGGAUGGUCAUAAAGUGCACAGAUUCUCAAAUCAAGUUCAUUCUACUCUGUUUGGAGGAGAACAACACUGUGAUCCAACACAAUGUGCUCACAGUGCUCUCGCAUCUCUAUCAAAACAGCGAGAAACUCUUCUUUGCUUUGUUACGCAAUAGAACACUGAAUGAUGAAUUGAAAAUCAACAAACUUCUGAAAAUGGUCGAAAACAACACGGGAUUCUUUCUGGAAUAUCUGAAUAAGAAUGUGGACUAUACGUUUGAUAAUAACAAUACACUCAAAGAUGAGAAGUAUUUUGGUGAUUUAAUCAUUCUGAAGGCGGUGUUGAAGGAGAACAAGAACAUGAUUUGUCAAAUAUCAGGAAAAAUUAAAGAAGACCUGAAAUUCCUCGAAUUCAAAUUGAGGUCAAAGAAUACAGGUGAAAUUGAUUUUGAUAAAGUUGAAUGUGAUCUGAUAGAAAAUAAGAGACUGAUUAGAAGCAAAUGUGAGAGAAUGUGUAGGCUUGAAAUUGAUGAUAGCGUAAUACAAUGCGAAUACGAUGAGAACAUGAACGUGGCUGAUUUCAUUGAGAAGAACUUCAGGGUUCAGGAUACCAUCAAAUAUUCACCAGUAGCAUAUUUCAUCAAGAACAAUCAAAUGAUUGUGCCAUUUGGUGAGUUAAUAAAGCUGUUUUAUACAGGAAACUAUGACAAAAGCAUUGCACAAUUCAAGAACACAUUCUACAUGAUUGUAGGACCAACUGAGGUAGAGAAAUAUUUGAAUAGGCCUCUAAUAUUUGAUCUAACAGUCCACUAUGAUGAAAAGAAUACAUCAACACUACUAAGAAAACUGAAAGUUGUAGUAACAGAUGGAACAAGAUCACUUGUGUAUCCGAUUAAAAAAAUACUAACGGUUUUACUGGAAGAAGAGAACCUGGAGAAAUUGGAGUGUUUUAUAGCAGUUGAUCUUGGUGGAAACAUCUUGAAAUUGGGCCAGAGCAUCACAGUAGCAAUCAAGAACGGUACUGGUGAAUUGGUGUGA